CCUACAGCUCGCCCAUCUCCUCGCGUCCCGGGCGCAGGCACACAUCCAAAGGGGGACGGAGGGUUAGGGUGCGAAAGAGAGCUUCCUCUCCUCGGUCGUCACUCUUUGCCGUCCUCUCCAACAAUUUGUUUGAAGGGAGCGCUGCGGGGAAGAAGACAUUUUUAUUUUUAUUUUUAUUUUUUUUCCUGGAGAUUUUGCUUCGUCUGGGGCGGGGUCUGCUGCAAACCCCCCUCCCCGCCAUCCCCUUGCAGGGCCUCCUCCGCGACUCUUCUCUCCACUGCGAACCUCCGCUAACCCGGGUCAAGGCGAAGAGACGCGAUCAUGAAGCGCUUGGUGACCGUUUGGCUCCUGCUCGGGUUCAGCCUCGGCAUCCUCCAGUUCUGCAAAGGUGAUAUUUGUGAUCCCAAUCCAUGUGAAAAUGGAGGCAUGUGUUUGUCACAACUGGGUGGGGAUACAUUUUCCUGCGAGUGUCCAGAUGGCUUCACAGAUCCCAACUGCUCUAGUAUUGUGGAGGUUGCAUCCCAUGAGGAAGAGCCGACAUCAGCAGGCCCCUGCAUCCCUAAUCCAUGCCACAAUGGAGGAACCUGUGAAAUCAGUGAAGCAUACCGAGGGGACACAUUCAUAGGCUAUGUUUGCAAAUGUCCCCGUGGAUUUAAUGGGAUUCACUGUCAGCACAACAUAAAUGAAUGUGAAGCUGAGCCUUGCAAAAAUGGCGGGAUAUGCACAGACCUUGUUGCUAACUAUUCCUGUGAGUGUCCAGGUGAAUUCAUGGGAAGAAAUUGUCAAUACAAAUGCUCAGGCCCAUUGGGUAUUGAAGGUGGAAUUAUAUCAAACCAGCAAAUCACAGCUUCCUCUACACACCGAGCUCUUUUUGGACUCCAGAAAUGGUAUCCCUACUAUGCACGGCUUAAUAAGAAGGGACUUAUAAAUGCCUGGACAGCUGCAGAAAAUGACAGAUGGCCAUGGAUUCAGAUAAAUUUACAAAGAAAAAUGAGAGUUACCGGAGUGAUCACCCAAGGAGCCAAACGAAUUGGAAGUCCUGAGUAUAUAAAAUCUUACAAAAUUGCAUACAGCAAUGAUGGGAAGACUUGGACAUUGUAUAAGGUGAAAGGAACCAAUGAAGAUAUGGUAUUCCGUGGAAAUGUUGAUAACAACACACCCUAUGCUAACUCUUUCACACCCCCCAUGAAAGCUCAGUAUGUUCGACUUUAUCCUCAAGUUUGUCGAAGGCACUGCACUUUGAGAAUGGAACUUCUUGGGUGUGAACUAUCAGGCUGUUCAGAGCCUCUGGGGAUGAAAUCAGGACAUAUACAAGACUAUCAGAUCACUGCCUCUAGCAUCUUCAGAACUCUCAACAUGGACAUGUUCACUUGGGAACCAAGGAAAGCUCGACUGGACAAACAGGGCAAAGUGAAUGCCUGGACCUCGGGCCACAAUGACCAGUCACAGUGGUUACAGGUGGAUCUUUUGGUCCCUACCAAAGUGACUGGCAUCAUUACACAAGGAGCUAAAGAUUUUGGUCAUGUUCAAUUUGUAGGCUCUUACAAACUAGCCUACAGCAAUGACGGAGAACACUGGACUAUAUACCAGGAUGAGAAGCAAAGAAAGGAUAAGGUUUUCCAGGGCAAUUUUGACAAUGAUACUCAUAGAAAAAACGUCAUUGACCCUCCCAUCUAUGCUCGGCACAUCCGAAUCCUCCCUUGGUCUUGGUAUGGGAGGAUCACCCUGAGGUCAGAGCUUCUGGGAUGCACAGAGGAGGAGUGAGAAGACCCAUACAAAGUGCAGCCUUCCUCUCUAUUUCCCUAAAAAGCAUUUCCAUGGAAUGAACUGUACAAUAAUCUGUAGGAAACUGAAUGGGGGUUUUCAUGAAAAAGUGCUUAAAUUAUGGUAGGCCACUGUCUUUUGAAGAAGGUCUAUACCUGCCUCUUCAAUGUUGUUUUGCUUCUUUUUUGUUUUUCCCUACUAUUUAGAUGUAUAAGGCAACAUCACAUUCAUAUUUGAAUUACUCUUCCCUGAUUAUUCUCUGUGUCAUUUACAUGGAUUGGAAGUAGAGAAAUAAAGUAGAUUAUUAUUUUUUUUUUGAUAGCAAGUGUUAAAAAAAAAUCACAGUACCAAGCAAAGGAAAGAGUUGAUAGAGCUUUAAUAAUCAAUUUGCAGCUAAUAAUUAUAAAUGGGAUACUGCAAUGCUAGCAAUAAGGAUUUUCUUUUUCAUUCUGUGUUGAAUUUGCAUUAUCCUAAAGAGUUCCCUGUGCCUACCAAACACUCUGAAGUGUCUAUAACAGAAUUUUGAAGAAUCUGUUACAUGUAGUAUUGAUAUUAUAAUUUUCAUUUUAUGUUCACUAUUUU